AACACUUGUGAUUUCCAACGGCAACUAACUAGUAUGAAAUGGCGGAAGAGCCCUCACACGGUUCGUAAUCUGGGUUGGCACGAUUUAUUUAUUGCUCUGCUUUGUAGUUACUGUUCAAACUUCUAAUACCUGAUUUUUCUCUCUUUAUCCAUUCAUUCAUCAAAACAAAUAAAUAAACCCAAUAAAAAAAAGUCUUCAGUUGGAAACCCCCAGGAAAAAAACCCAACAGCAUUCAACGCACUGCAAGAAUCUCAAGAAACCUUGUUGCUAAAACAACGCAAAUCGUCUUUAAUUUUUUUUCAGCUCUCUUAUUGGUUUCUCAAUCUUGCCAUGCAGUGCUGUUUUUGAACAAGAAUUUGAAAUCACUGGGAAACAAAAACAAGAAAUUAGGAUAAUCUUGGGUUAGGUGGGUUGGUGAGUAAUUUAAGUAUAUGGUUGUAUCAACCUGUUGCGAUUUUAACAAAGCACGAUCAGACUCAAGAAAUUUGAGGUCUGAGUUUCGGGCCUCCCAAAAGAUUUGGUCAUUGGUUGCUGCCCAAGAAUGAAUGUGGUGGGCAAAGUUGGAAGCUUGAUAACCCAAGGUGUCUAUUCAGUUGCGACCCCUUUUCAUCCAUUUGGUGGGGCGGUUGAUGUCAUUGUUGUUCAGCAGCAAGAUGGCACGUUCCGCUGCACGCCGUGGUAUGUUCGCUUUGGUAAGUUUCAAGGUGUGCUCAAAGGUGCUGAAAAGGUUGUUCGGAUAAACGUCAAUGGGGUUGAAGCACACUUCCACAUGUAUCUUGACAAUUCGGGGGAGGCUUAUUUUGUAAAAGAGGUGGAUGAUGAUGGUGGUGAUAAAGGAAUAAAGUCAAAUGGGACUGCUGAUAACUCUGAGUCUAGUCAAGAAAACGGUGGUGUCGAAAUUGAUAAAAAAAUAAUAGUUAUCUGAGCAUGGAUGAUAGAGUUGGUCACAGAUUUGAUCAUAGCAUAUCUGAUUCAGGGGUGCGGUAUCUUACUGGUGAAGGCCAUUCCUCGGUUUUGUCACAACUUCAAAGGGCAGAAUCUGAUGUCGAUAGGAGGUUUUAUGAGUUCCCAGAUGAUCAAUCAUCUUUUGAAGGUUCACUUGAUGUUUCGGAAUAUGAUUCUACAAGAUAUGAGAAUCUAGAUGCGGAUAAUUUUAUGGACACACAGGGCUCCCAUCCAGAGGUGGUUUUGGUCAGUGUUGAUGGUCAUGUAUUGACGGCCCCUAUCUCAGAAUCGGAGCAGAAUGAGGACAAUGUUCAGUUAAAAAAUCCUCAAUUUCAUCUAGGCCCAGGUGAAGAGACUGACUUCUUUGAGGGCAAUGGGGAACUUAUUUCUGAUGAAAAUGCUUGGACUGCUGAUUAUGCUACUCCACUGGAUGCUCCUAGUAGUUAUGACACUAAGGUAGAUGAUGAUACUUCCGGGCUCUUGUUGGAAGCUCAAAGACAGGAGGAAAUUAAUUGUAGCACUGAGGAAACCUUAGUGAUUGAAAAUCAAGAAAAUCAUCUUUUGCAAACUGAUUCAGAAGAGGCUGUAUCUUGUAUGAAGAGAGAGAGUGUCUUCAAAAGUUGUUUGGAAUUACGUGAGUUUACUCAGCAGGCUGGAAACGAUGAUUUACAAGAUGUGGAUUCUUCAUUGGAGGUUCAAAAUUCAGCAGAGGAAUCUAAUGCACAUAUUUCAAUUACUGAUGAGAAUAAAGACGAAAACAUUCAGGUUGAUAUACAAGAUGUAGGUUCUUCACUGGAGGUUCGAUAUAUUGCAGAGAAAUGCAUUGCAAAUGGUUCAAUUACUGAUGAAAAUAAACAAGGAAACAUCGAACAAUGUAGAAAAAGUGACAAGUUAUCUCCCCUUAGUGCGCCUUCUUCCUUGGAUGACCAUAGUUCUCCAGAAUUAAAAGUAGAACCUCAAGUGGUUGAUAGAGAUGCAUCAGUGAACGUUGACACUGGUUCUGACAGUCAUUCUGGCACUAAAGAUGUUAUUGAAUGUAAUGAUGAACGUGUUGGAGAGUCGGUAACAAAUGAUCAGGUAGAUGAUAGUGAACGAACUCCUGCAAUUGAAGAUGGCAGUAAGAAAACUGAACUCACUGAACCUCAAAUUGUAACUUCCAUUGACGAGGACCAAUGUCAUUCUGCUUUGAGAUUUGAGGCCUCACUUUGUGGUCACGAACUUAAGGUGGGUAUGGGUUUGGUUGCUGCUGCUGAGGUUUUUGAAGCACAUCGGAUAUCUGCAGAGGAAUUUAGAAGUUCAGCAUCAUCCAUAAUUAAGAAUGAAAAUCUGGUUUUGAAGUUCAGAGACACGUAUCUGCGGUGGGAAAAGGCUGCUCCUCUUGUCCUUGGAAAGACUGUAUUUGGUUUAGACUUACCUGUUGAUCCCAGAGAUACAAUUCCAGUGGGACAGGAUGAUGCAGUAAAGGCUACAAAUGAAGGUUCUGGGCCAGCUUCAUCUGGACGCAGAUGGAGACUUUGGCCUAUUCCUUUUAGAAGAGUCAAGACAAUUGAGCACACUGAUAGUGAAUCAAAUGAGGAUGUAUUUGUAGAUUCCGAGUCUGAUUGGCAAACUUCUACUGUUGAACCUUCUCCAACAUCUGCUAGGCACGAGUCUCCUCGCAAGCAAUUCGUGAGGACAAAUGUUCCAUCGAAUGAGAUGAUAGCGUCCUUAAAUCUCAAGGAUGGUCAAAAUUUGGUAACCUUCAGUUUCUCUUCCAGGGUUCUUGGAAAACAGCAGGUUGAUGCUCAUAUUUACUUAUGGAAGUGGAAUGCACGAAUUGUAAUUUCAGAUGUAGAUGGAACUAUUACCAAAUCUGACGUUUUAGGGCAGGUCAUGCCUUUAGUUGGCAGAGAUUGGACACAGUCUGGAGUUGCAAGGCUUUUCUCAGCUAUUAAAGAAAAUGGAUACCAGCUACUGUUUUUGAGUGCCCGUGCUAUUGUCCAAGCUUAUCUUACCAGGAGCUUUUUGGUUAACCUGAAACAGGAUGGCAAGACCUUACCCAAUGGACCUGUUGUUAUUUCUCCAGACGGACUAUUUCCCUCUCUUUACCGAGAAGUAAUAAGAAGGGCACCUCAUGAGUUCAAGAUUGCUUGUCUAGAGGAUAUCAAAAGACUUUUCCCUUCUGAUUAUAACCCAUUCUAUGCCGGGUUUGGCAAUAGAGACACUGAUGAACUUAGUUACAGGAAGAUUGGAAUCCCGAAGGGCAAGAUAUUUAUCAUCAAUCCCAAGGGUGAAGUCGCAACAAGUCACCGUAUUGAUUCAAAAUCCUACACAUCAUUACACACACUCGUCAAUGACAUGUUCCCUCCCACUUCCUUGGUUGAGCAGGAGGAUUUCAACUCAUGGAAUUAUUGGAGAAUGCCUUUUCCAGAAGUGGAUUAGUUCAAUGCUUAAGGUAUUUUGUUCCCUUUUUUGACAAGGAUCCGUUGGUAUGGGACCAUCCAAGAUGUUGAUCGAUAAUGCAACAUGUCCUUUCUACUUGGCACAAAACUGUGACAUGAUUGGAAAGUGUCCUACUACACGGGAAUUCGAUGAUUGCAUACAAGUGAUCUCGCAGAACGUUAUUCAACACGCCUUUGUUUUUCUUCUUUUUGAUCUUCAUUGAAUCUUGAUUAAUCAUUACCCAUUAAUCAAUCAUCCACAUUGUAUAACAUUUGGUUUACAUGUAUUAUACUCAUUUUUUCCCGACCAAUAUAUUGUCCAGGCCAACAUCUGUACAACAUAUUCACUGUCAUAAAAAAACAUGUUAUCCCAAAUAAUUGGGUUAUCCUUUUCUUUCCA